AUGGUCGCAGUAAGGCGAGGUGCUGGCGUGCUGGGGCGUCUACGCCUGCGCCGAGGCGCUGCAUGGUCGGCGCUCACCCUCGUGGUGCUUGCUGUUGUCUGCUACAUGGUGAUGCUGCCGGUACUGUUGAAUAACAUGUCCAUACCGGCCACGACUACCGCAGAAAUACGGCUCAAUAAUGAGCGGCAGCAACAGCCGCAACGAGAGGCACUGUCGUAUGUUACGCAGCUUCUCACCUUGCUGAAACGCUUUGAGCUUAUGCACAACGAGAGCACGAAGGCUAUUGCAGAGGCUGGGGCAGCAGCGAAGAGUACAAUAGAGACACCUGAGUCGAUGCUGUCGGCGUACUACGAGGAGGACCUCGUGCGGCUUAACAACGCGCUAGAGAAGAGCCUCGACAGCGGCUAUGCCGAGCAUGUUGUGCACUCCGACGCGUACUGGAGCCCCUACCACGCCGUGCGCCGCGGCUACGGGCUGGAGGGUAGCAUCUUCGUUGGACUGCUGCAUCACGAGGCGUCGUACACAACCCGAAGAACAACACCGCCUAGGGAGGGCAAAUGCGCCAUGACGCUGAAGAACAUCUACGACAACGCACGUUGGCCCAUUGGUGUGUUUACGGGUGUUGUAGAAGUUGUCCUUGAUAGCGCUGCGAGAGCGAAAACAACGGCAACAGGGGGAGACCAGAGCGGAAACUCAACGUGGUCGCCCCUUCCGCCGUCUGUGUGUGUACCAGAGUCGUACCUGUCGAUGGACUGCGAGGAGCGGUAUGUCUUUUGCCCCGCAGACAAUAUUCGCGUUCGGCAGCUGCGUUUCCCAUUGCCGAGUGAAGGCGUGGAUAGUACUGCUGCAGCAACACCAAGAAGACGAACCACACGUACGCCCUUUUCCUCCGUCGCAGCGCAGCGCUACGCGACGCUGACGUUGUACCGCGGCGAGACGUACGUGCUGUUCCUCCGUGACGGGCUGCUGCUCGUUCCGCAGUGGGACGCGGUGACACGACUGCUGCUGCUGCAGUUGCCGUCUCGCCACUCGGUGCUAUCACAGGCGCCAAACACCGUGAGCGACGAGGCGGUGCGUGCGGCGUGGACUGGCGCCGUUAUUUCAAGCGUGAAUGGGCUAGUGCUGGCCUCCACACAGCUGUACCGCAACAUCAGUGGUGCCGCACAGCCGCCGACGCUGCGCCCGAUGGAUAAGAUUGAAAAAUGGAUGAUGACUUUUGAUUGGGCUCUCGACACGAACGCCGUGCGGCUGCACACAAGCGGCGGUGCAGAAAGGACAGGGAGCGUGAGUGGCACCCGUGGCGGGGACCUUGGCAUCACCGAAGCUGAGGUUGUGGAUCACGUGUUUGGCAGCAGUUCUCUCACUGAGGCACCAUAUACGAGUCGCAGUCGUCUUGACGGAAGCCAUGCCAGUAGCGGUGGCAUCGAUAUACGCUCAAAUGCCAACAAAGAUCGGACCCCCAACACGAGGCGCCGUAGAGAUAUUCAGCUGUACUGGCUCUAUCGCUUCCGCGAAGCGUUGCAGCGUCUACUUAUUCUGGAAGCGGCCAAACAGAACACGACGUCGUAUAUCGCUGGUUUUCGUCCAGAGAAGUUGGAUGAGUCGCUUCCAUCGCAGCAGCAGCAGCAGCAGCAAAAACAGCAAGCGAUGCCGCUGUUCUUUCACAUCACUAACGUGAAUCGUCUCAGUCAUGUUAUACAGGACAAGCGGUACAUGCAGCCGUCGCCAACACACUGGUGCACGGAGUACGGCGAGCAGGGGUGCCCUGAUGUGAUGUCCAAGGAUAGGAAGAGUAACACAAAACUGCCAUUCCAGUUGCUGUCGUGGAUCACUACGGACUUUCUCUUCGCACGCGCAGAGGCUUUUUUUGAUUACACACGCGGUGAUGAGAGUCACACGAGCAUCCACAGUGAGGGCAGCACCGCAAAGCGCGGUAGCGAUCAUGUACCCCUGGAUCCAUUCAUACAGUUUGUCACGCCUGAUGAAGAGGCGGUGUUGUUGAGCGCGCGCCUGUGGACGCACGGGUGGGACCUCUUCUCUCCAACAGAGCCGAUUGUUUUCUUCAGUGCGAGCAACACCGAGGCGACGUCGCGCGCAACGGAGAAGACGCACUCUCCAACGACGACGCGGCUGCGGUGGCGCAGUGUCGCACGUCUCUGCCACAUUCUCUUUGGAGCUCGCAGAGAUGGGAACGGGGAGGAUGCAUUCGCCGAGACGGAGUACGCGGAGGCGCUGCGUGAGGUGGGGCGCUACGGCCUCGGCGAGCGGCGGUCGCGGGAGCAGAUGCUGCGUUUUCUGGACUUGGAUGGCGGGGCAACGCAGCCGCAGCAGCGCUUUGCCGCGUGGUGCAAGGAUCACGGGAUGCGGUAG